AAGACUUUUGCACAGUACCAUUGUGAGGUAUAGGUCAGAGUGGGGUCAGACAGAGUUCACCACAUCCUUGUCUGAAACAGACCAAAACCCACAGAUGUGAAACUCGGCAUGAGAUUGGCCACAGACUCCUAUGAAGUGACUGUUGAAGAAGGUUAAAAACGCACACAAACACACAGAGACACACACGGCUACAUGCCACUAUGAAGGAUCAAAGGACGUCUAGGAACUGCGUAUGUGUCUUUCUCAUCUCCCUCUCUCUGGUCUCAGUUGUGUGGUGUCAGACAGAGAGGACGAUGUUAAGAAAACUUGUUGGAAAGACGGCCAUCUUUAACUGUCCGUAUGAAAGUGUGUACAGAGACUCCCCCAAAUACCUUCAGAAGAAAGAGUAUAAUGUCACACUUGUUAGAUCUGAUGGACAGAAGGCUUCGACAACUGUUGGGCGAUGCAUUUUGUAUGACAAGAAAAACAGCAGCAGGUUUGAUGUGCACAUUCUGCAUUUGACCCUCAAUGACACUGGAACGUACGUGUGCGGAGUGGAGGCAGGAGGAGGCAGAGACCAACAGGAGACCGAACUUGAGGUCUACGAUGAAACAGGUCAGACAACGGUGAGAUAUUAUAGCAUAACCUCACUUUUCAACAGAACAACAACAACAUCAACAACAACAGCAACAUCUCCAUUCAUCACUAAACUCUUGGCUCCUGUUCUGGCAGCACCAGUGCUGGUGUUGAUAGGGAUCGUCAUAGUCUGCAUCAGGAUGAGAAGGAAGACAAGGAGAUCAACAGAGAGGUCGCCGGCUCCUCGAACAUCAAAUGACAUCAGUCUGACAUCAAAUGAAAGAGCUAUAUUGCAGGACAACAUUUAUGCUCAAGACACACCCUCCACUCGGCCGCUGUCCAGCUCUGAUCUGAUGCAGCCCUCCUCCAUCAGCAACCCGCCCGCAUCUCAUUCAAGCCUCAUCCUCUACCCUCCCGUGGCCAAUCAGAGGCCGGCGCAGAUAAACACAGACUCACACAUCCCUGUCUACUCCCUCCUUACACUUCCAGAUGAGGCCUCAUGAGAGAGUGUGCAAGAGAAAGGAUGACAAUGUGCCACUCUGUAUAAAUUAAUCAU